CCGCUCACUGAGAAAUAGGACAAGUUGACGCAAGUGUGGGAGUGCACCGAAAGGAGGAAUAAACGCAGACACAAGUGCGUACAGCUCAGUCGGUUAAAGCGGUGUGUUUUAUUGUUCCGGCAAUUCGAAAUAAAAAAACCCAGAGGGAGAAGGAGAGAGGAAGGAAUUCAAACGGCUAUCUUUCCUGUGGGGGUGUUUAACCAUCCGCCCUGCAACCUCAACAAAAACGCAGCCUUUGCGGUCUUACGGAAUAGUCACAUUGAAGACGACACGUGUGGAUGCAUAACCACAUGUUUCCUUGGGGGACUGCGGUCUGAUCACCUCCAUCCACAUUGUGGGUUUGUUUCUGGAUUACCAGCUCCUGGAGAUAAACUGUUUCUCUCCUCCACCCUCGGAUCUGCUGUAGUGAUGUCAGAGGUGGAUGUUUCUGCAGACUGUGACCCCAGCCGACCACAGGGACGCACAGAGGACAAAGAGAACCAGGAGAACAGGACUUUACUGAUGGUGGCAAUGAUUUUAUUGGACUUGAACAAAUGCAACCCUAACGCCAUCAUCAGCCCCGGAGACAGCAGAUGUCUCGGGGGGAGCAGCGAGGUGGAGGACAAGGUGGAGCGGGGGGGCUGCAGGCUGAGCGCCGGGGACAGCCGGGUUACACCCAAACAGUCCAGGAUCAAGAAGAAGGUGGUGAAGGAGAGAAAGGAGUGUCCGGAGAAGAGACACUACUGCCCCUUCACCGGCUGCGGGAAGGUGUACGGGAAAUCCUCCCACCUCAAAGCCCACCUCAGGGUGCAUACCGGUGAGCGGCCCUUCGAGUGCACGUGGCCUGUCUGCGGGAAGAAGUUCUCCCGCUCAGACGAGCUGACGCGUCACUACCGCACACACACGGGCGAGAAGCGCUUCAACUGCCCCAUGUGUGCCAAGUGCUUCAUCCGGAGCGACCACCUGACCAAACACGCCCGGCGGCACGCAGGUUUCCAUCCCAGCAUGCUUCAGGGCUCCAGCGCGGCCAAGAGGCGCCGCUGCUCCCUGUCCCUGUCCUCGUCUGACUCUGGAGACCAAAGCCCUGUGGGGGUGUGAGACCCUCCCUCCUGAUGUGCACACACACACACACACACACACACACACACACACACACACACACACACACACACACACACACACACACACACACACACACACACACACACACACACAGUGCAGGAGAGAGAGAGCACACACAGACACCAUGUGUGCUGUUUGCACUAAUGUCAUACACUAAUCCCGUCCAAUCAAUCAACUCCACCAGCCAGACCACUCUGUAAAAUCUUUUCUCUAUGCAUGUAACAUUGUGUAACAGCAAACAGAAAUAUAAGUUAUGUAUUCAAACUCAACCCCUGUUACUUCCUGAGAUAAUUGGUAUUUAUUAGUCAGGGUCAAUUUCUAUUUGCUUUGCCAUUUAUUAUCAUUACUAUAUGUUAUUUGUGUUUCUUUGUUGGAAGAAUCUGUAAUCUAUUAGGCAUUCAUGUGUAUAUAUAUAGUUCCCAUUAACACUACAUGUGUUUCCUUGCAUCACAAACUUCAUUUACAGAAAGAAAACAAAUCAUUACUGAGAUAUUCAAGUGCGUUUAGAAGUUUUGGGGAUUUUCCUUUAGUAAAUAUGAUUUUUCUUUUUACAUAUACACUCAUACUUGUACAGUAACUCAAGUCCAGGACCAGGCGAAUGUACAGUACAAGUAUUGUCAUAUAAAUAUAUAAAACAGAUUCACUUUUAGAUGGAGGAUGUACUCAAUAUACUGUAGUUUAGUGAGGUUAGAGAAGACAAAUCUAUUAUAUAGAGAAUUACAGAGUUUUUUGUAUUUUAUAAUUAUAUAUAUAUUGGGCUAGUUUGCUUGUACAGUUUCCUGUGUUGUGCGUCACAUCGUGAUUAAGUUACUAAUAAUUAACCUUUACACAUAGGCAAGCCUUGUGGGGAAAUACAUUGAACACAUUUGCAAUGCUUUUCCAGGCUUGAAUGUUAAUAGUGCAGGGAUAAACACAACAGGGUUGAACCUUUUAAAAGGGAAAGUUAUAUAUAAAGAUACAUAUUUAGUUUUAAAAAAAGAGGUCUGUGCCUUUUUCAAAGUUUUUUUAUUUUAGCAGAGAGGAAUUUCUACAUUGUGGAAAAUCUUCAUAUUCUAUAGAUUGAUAUUCAAAAAUACUUUGAAUAUCAAUGACUGUCUGUAAUGCCAACAGUGCCAGUUGCUGAUCAUUUAACUACCUUUUGUUUACUCUGUAUCUGGACUGCAUUUCAUCAGGGAACAAUGUGAGGCCAUUUCUGUCAACACCCCCUGGUGGAGACAUGGAAGCACAACAUUUCUCACAAACGGACAUUUUUAUUUAUAUUUUACAUCCUCGCAUUUUGAGGCAAGCUCUCUUUAUUAGUUUGUGAAUUCCAACAUGUAGCAUGUUUGUAUGUAUUUCUUUGGUACAAUGAUUUUUGUAUUUGUUAGGUGAUCUUUUAUAAUGUAACUAAUGGGGUGAAAGACCCUUUUCGUCCACUACUGGAGCUACAAACAUUGUUGAUGUCAAUAGUUUUCUUUAUAUAAAUGCCACGUAAAAGUAUAAAAACGUCCAGAUAGAGUGUAAAGUUAGGUAUAGUUAAGCUUGUAGGACACACAUGUAUUUAUACAAUGCUGUUUUUUAUUUUCAUGGCAUUAUGACAACUGUGAUUAGAUGUUGGUGCCUUUCAGGUCGAAGCCUUUACUUCUGAUGCUACUGUACUGUAAUCAGGUCUGUCCCCACAGAGCCGUGUUAUCGCAAUAUUCAUAGCUGUGUAAUAAUUACUGCUCAAAGGUUUUAACAUUAAAAUUAUUUUUCUUUCUAAA